AUGUCGUUCGAUUGGAAAAAGCUGGUACCACCGCGGAAACUGACGCUGAACGAGAAGGAGGCGCAAGCAUGGAUUAAGAGGAUCCAGAGCGUGUGGGAAUUCGCUAGAGAAAAUAUGAAGAUCGCACAAGACCGCCAAGCACUUCAAGCGAACAAGAAACGUCGGCCGCCCAAUUUUACAGUCAAUGAUUUGGUGGUUGUCCAGAAAGUGGGCAACUCCUUUGAACUUGACCUACCGGAGGACAUCAAUGUGCACCGCAUAUUCUCACUGGACAAGCUGCGCCUAGCAAGCUCCUCGGAACUGUUGGCGGGACAGCUCGAGGACCCGUCCCCGGAAUCACAGGUUAACGGAAAUUCGGAAUGGGUCGUUGAGUUGGCUUGGGCACGAUCCGGAUCCCAAGUGGUAUCUGGCGGGAUAUUUGAAGAACGCACCGCUCGUCUUGAAGGCUUUCCACGAUCGAUAUCUGGCAAGCCAGGACCGCCGGUUCGUCUGAAGACUUGGCUGGAGGCUGCCGAAGAGGAUAAGUUCGUUGACGACCAUCCUGAUGACGAUAUUCCUGUCACGAACGCUUGAGGGCAAGCGUUUUCGAAGGGGGGAGUAGUAUGACGGCUGGGCAUGGCUUUGCGUUCCCGUCUCAGUUCACGGAUAGGGCUAGGAGCCGUGUAACCCUAUUCGCGCCGUAUUGGGAAGUGAUAUCAACAUCAGACGUCGGAGCUGGAUAGGGAAAGGCGCCUUGCACAGAGAUUUACAUGAGAAGCGAGAACCAGAGCUUUUACUUCG